UUAACCUUAAAAUAUAAAUAAGAAUGCAAGUUCCGUAUAAAUCGUUAAAAGAUAAAUAAACGAAAUAAAUAUUUGAAAUAAUUGUGAUACUUCGAAAAUGUUGAAAACAUUAAGAACGUUUAAGUUAAUUCAAGGAGUACGUACCUUACAUUCAACAAAAACUAUAUUUUGUAAAACGGCAGAAAAUGAAGAACCAAAAUAUACACACUUUGGAUUUGAAACUGUUGAGGAAAAAGAAAAAGUAAAAAAAGUUUAUAAUGUAUUUGAAACGGUUGCCGAAAAAUACGAUGUUAUGAACGAUGCAAUGUCUUUAGGAAUUCAUAGAAUUUGGAAAGAUAUAUUUAUUGAACGAUUAGGACCAUGCCACGGAACAAAAUUGUUGGAUGUCGCCGGUGGAACAGGUGAUAUUGCAUUUCGUUUUUUGAAAUAUUUACAAAAUUUGGAAUCGGAUAUAAAUAGCGAACAAAGUCAUGUAACCGUAUUUGAUAUUAAUCAGGCAAUGUUAGAUGUAGGACAAGCGAGAGCGGAAAAACUUAAUUUAGUAAAAAAUGGAAAUAUUAGUUGGAUGUGUGGAAAUGCUGAAGAAUUAACUGAAAUUAAAGAUAAUUCUUAUAAUGCUUAUACGAUAGCAUUUGGAAUUCGUAAUGUUACAAAUAUAGACAAGGUUUUAAGCGAGGCGUAUCGUGUUUUAACACCCGGCGGACGAUUUAUGUGUUUAGAAUUCAGUCAUUUGAAUAAUGAAAUAUUACAAAAACUUUAUGAUCAAUACUCAUUUCAAGUAAUACCAGUAUUAGGUCAAUUAAUAGCAGGUCAAUGGAAACCAUAUCAAUACUUAGUCGAAAGUAUUCGAAAAUUUCCAAAUCAAGAGGAUUUCAAAUUAAUGAUAGAAGAUGCUGGUUUUCGAAAUGUAACUUAUGAAAAUUUAACGAGCGGUGUUGUUGCAAUACAUUCAGGAUUUAAAUUAUAAUUAUGUAAUUUUUCUGAAUUCUUUGUAUAUAAUUUAUUUACAGAAAAAUGUCCUCAAAGUAUCUACGUAAUUAAAAUGUGUUAUUUAUUCAAAAUUUAAA